GAUCAUACUCCGACGAGCUCCAUCGGCGCGCGGUUCGGAUCCGUUUUGGUUCGAUUUACUUCACAAAUAAUUAUUAUCGAAACCGAUUGAGUGGCGCGACGGUUGGUGUGAUUGAUUGCUGUCAGUGGUAUAUCUGCAGCUUGCCAAGAAAAGGAAAUUAAAGAGUGUUAUCAGAAAGAGAAAUAAGAAAAGUAAAAGUGGAAAUAUGUGGCAAGUGGCUGGGGCCUGGUCCCCAAGUGGCAGCAACGGCAGCUUCUGCCGCGGAAAGUGUACAAAAGAUUCGCCACCAAAAGGCCAAGAUAAAUAGCAUUAUAAAUUGAUAAAAACCGUCAUAGUGAUUUGUAUAUGAAAGCGUGAAAGAUAAUAAUACCGGGUCUCAUUCCUUAUAUAACAAUUGAAUUAGUCUACUAUUUGCAUAUAAAUAGAAGAAAGCGAAACGCUUCUGCGUGAUUGAUUUAAAACAACAUUAAGUGCCAAUAUUGGAAUUUUAUUCGGAUUAUAUUACAAUGAACGGCCUCAAAAUGCCUCGAGGCAACAGCAACAUCAGAAGCAGAAGCAGCAGCGGCAACCCCAGCCGCAACACCUGCACCAGCAACUUCUUUGCUGACAGCUUCUUGGAUAGCCGAGUACGUGAUCGUUUUCUGGCCAAGAUCAGAGCAAAUCAGCGCCAUGGCGAUGUCACCUUUUGUCUUGGAUGCGGCUGCGAUCGCCCCUUCUCGUGAUCUCAAUGGCAAUGCAACAGCAACUGGCAGUGGAAGUGCAAGUGCAAGUGCAACAUCAGCAUCGAAUUCGCCGCGAAAAACGAAAAAGACAAUUAUCAAUUGGCUGGUGAACAGUGACAACAACAAUCGGUUAACGUGCGAUAACCCCAAAAGUAGUAAAAGCCAAACAAAUCCAAAUCCGAAUACGAAUCCGAAUCCGAAUCAUAACCCUAAUCCGAAUCCGAAUCCAAAUCCAAAUAAUAAUUGCAGCUGCGAGUCGCGCGCGUUUCGCGAUUUCCGCGGUGUCCAAACCCUCCGCUUGUUGUGGAGCAAGCGCAUCAAGAGUGCCAGCGAGGACCACGCCCACUACAGUGCCCACUCCCACGCCCACGCCCAUGGGGCCAACCCCACAUUGGGCACCCUGAAGAAACUGAACAAGAGUGUCAGUUGUCUGGUGAAUGUUUUCAAUAAUUCACGAGACUUUUCCACGCCGGAGAAAUCGCUGGCCAAGCGCACGGCCAGCCUGCACAACUUGCAGGACUCGAAGCACCUGCUGCUCCAGAAGGAGAAGGACAACUUCUACAAGUACAAGAACGCCGAGCAGGCCAGAAUGCAGGCCAAGUUGAAGCGCGUCAACGACGAGGCGAGUGCGACAAUAGCCGCCGGCGAAAGCCGCGAGAACCGCAAUGACAUGGAGCUCCUAUCAGCCGUAGAUAAGACUACGGCGGAGCAGGGGCAGGCGGAGGAUGAGGGCGAGGUGGAGCCGAAUGCGAAUGUGGAGGCGGGUGACUGGCUGGAAGAGCGAGUGGAGCUACGAGCGAAACGGGAGCGUAACGCCGCCAGCGAGUUCAGUCUCAGUGCGACGAGCGGCAGGAGUGGCUGCGGCAGCUCGGAAUCCAUACACACCUCCACCUCCUCGACGGCCACCGCUGCCACCGUGACGUCAUCGGCGGGUCGUUCCGGUGGCCGGCGCAAAUAUAGCUUUAAGACGCACGCCGGUAAGUCCUAUCACCAACACCACCACCCCAUCCGCCGGGUGAGCAAUAUGGACGCCCAUAGCAGUGCCCCUAACAGCUCCAGUAUGGUGGCCAAGCUGACCCAACAGUUCAACGAGAUUAUCCAGAAAGAUGCCCGACUCCUGGAGCAGGUGAAGCGCAACAAUGGCGUCUGGCUGUCACGAGGCACCCACGUCUACAAGGUCAUCGAGCGGGAGCAAGGCAGUGCGGAGGAGAACCGCAUCUCCACUGUCCAGAGGAACAUCAAGAAGUUCGAAAAGCUGGAGAAGCCUUCGAUUCCCCAGAAAACCGAACAGCUGAUGCGGAAACACCGCGAGCUGAUGGCCAGCAGUCCCCGGGGAAGUCUCAAUCCUAAGGGUUCCAGAGUCAAGAGGAAUCUCAAGCUGCCCGCGGGAUGUAUGGGAAUACCAGAGGAGGAGGUGAAAGCGCCCACGGAGAAAGGCUGCACCGGUAUUCCCGAACAGCCAGCUAAGCAACCAAAAGACAAAAUACCCAAAGAGGAGGUGGAUGCGAGAUCCAAUGAGGAACUGCAUCUAGUUAUAAACAAAGAAAAGCCAGAAACGGAAGGAGAAGCUGACGAUUUGGAGCCAGAGCAGGAGGAGGGUUUCAGACAGAAGUGGAAACACAAAAAGUCCUCCAUCUACGAAAAGCUAAGAUUCCCCUUCAAGGGACGAAAGUCGGCCAGUCCCUCGCCCACCAAAGGACGAGCCAAGGAGGAGGCACCAAUCGUAGAGGAAGUCACCAAAGAGGAGCCCGAGGCAGAGCCUCUCAGACUACAAAUUCCCAAAGAGGACACCCCUGUGAAGGUGGACACCAAUGGUGGAUUCCUUGUCUCCCCUUGCAUCGAGGCCGAUGCGAAGAUCCUUGAUGCCCUGGAAGAACUCGACCACAAGCUGAAGGUGCUCAGUCAUCCAAGUGAGAUGUCCACAUCCGGAGACGGAGAACUCCUGAUAGCUGCCAACGAUGACUUUGAACAGCGCAUCCUGCCCAAUAACUCGUUCGUUUUCCAGUCGGCCAACAAGCAGAUCUCCAACAACCAGAUCCUGCUCAACCAAGCGGUGAAUGUUACCCUGGUGAAUGCCAUCGAGGGCGAGCAGAUGAUCAUGGAGCAGAAGCAGCUGGUGAAGAUCAGGGAGCUGGAGGAGGAGCUGCUGGAGCAGAAACCAAAGCAGACACUACAGGAGGAGGAGCAGGAGUCCAUCUACGAGCCAAUCACCCUGAACAACACUGAAACCAAGACUGAACCCCAGGCUUCCAGCCUCUAUAAGAUCGCUUCCAAAAGCCAGGAGAUCGUGGAGGAUAUAUACCAAACACUGGAGGAAACCAAGCCAACUAACUGGCUGGAGGGAUACGAGUCGAUAGCCGGAUCCCAGGAGGCUUCCGCCUUGAGUUACGAUGGGUAUGAGUCCUUUGCUCCUGAGGAGGUACUCACCACACCCACUACACCCUCGGCAGGCACAGGCACCCUGGGCCGGAAUACCCGUGACCAGUUGCCAGAGCUGCCCAAGCCCAAGAGGGUGCUCCACACUUCUCCCAUGCCUCACCGACCAGCUCCACCCAAGCCGGACGUCAAGGAGUCCGAGGAGGAUGAGAACAUCUACGACACCAUCAAGGGCUGCUAUGAGUCUGUCAACCUGAAGGCAUCCUCAACGUCCUCCUCUUCAUCCUCCAAUGGAACAGUAACCCUCACCACAGAUGCCAUCUCCCUGACCUCCAACUGCUACGAGAGUAUCUUGCAUUACAAGAAAACGAGGAUAUCGACGGGAGGGAAUCAGAAUCAGGCAACCAACGGAGGCAGUUGCAUCCAGCUCUCGAGCAGUGGCUCCACCCUGACCAUCUCCUCGGACCACAAGACCAACAGCCUGUACGAAUCCUCACUGGCGGCAGCCGGGUGUGUGAUCUACGGAAGUGCCAGCGUCGGUUGCCGCUCCUCCCUGGGCAGCAGCGCGGGGAGUCGGGAUAGCGGGAAGCCCAGGGACAAGAGGUCCUCGAUAGCAGGGUCCAGCGAUAACAGCGACGCCUGGGUGGACAUUUCGGAUGGCGAACAUGGACCUGCGCCCUUGGAAACAGCCGCCACCGAAGCCCAGUUCAUUGUUGUUCGGGAAAGAUUCAAGCCGCAUCGCACACGCAGCCCGGAUUGGUCGAAACGCAUCAGAGACAAAAGACUGCAGCAGAAGGCUAAAAGCUGUAUAGAAGAUGACUCGGAUCAUUACUACGAGACCCUGUCGCCCUUCAAGGACAAACGCCAUUCGACGCAGCUGGUGCGACAUCACCAGGAUGCCACGCAAGUGCGUUCCACGCGCUCCUCCAGCCGUCGCAGCAAGAACCACUCCGUCUCCGCCCAUGCCCUUGGUGAGCACGUGGUCAUGUCGGAUGACUACGACUCCUUUGAGACGGACAGUGAUGAGCACGGCGAGGAGGAAACAAGCCAAAGGCUGCGAAACCAAAAUGACAGCGGCGUGGACAUGCGGAAUCAUCGGCUUCCAAAGCCACCGGCUGCCCAAAACCAGGUCUACGAGUUUGUCCGCAAAUUCUUCUUCUCCAGCAAGAAAUCUCCAAAGAGCAGCCAACAAAAGCUGUACGAGAACACUCCGGCGCCCACUCAGUUCUACGUAGAGGGCGGCAAGCGAACGGAGGAUAUCUACGAAAGUACGGAUUAUGGUCCAGAGCGAAAUCCACCUCCGUCGAGCCACCUAGAGCCGCCGCCGGUUCUCAGGAAGCAGCAGAAGAACGGCAAGAGUCUGCGGUCCCGGCUCCGAAAGAGUCUGGUCGGUUCCAGCUUCGACAGCAAACAGCUGUCCACCUUGUCGGCCACACGCAGCACCUUCUACGUGGAGGAUCCCGAGGGCCUGAUCCCGGAGCUACAUGGCUCUGGGGAAAUGGAUUCCGGCUUCUCCGAGAAGACUUGCACCCCCACGCCAGAGUCCCAGAAGUUCUCUACGAUGGCACGGAAAGCCAAGAAGGAGGCAAAGGCCGCCAGGCGCCGCACCACCAUCGGACUACGACCCCACGACCCUCCACCGCCCCCGCCUCCGAUCUCGGGCAGCAAGACGCCCACCGAAACCGGGGAGCGGGAGAAUGAGCGCGAGCAGGAGCCCGGUCAGACCACCUCCUGGUACGCUGAGUGUGGAGUCUUCAAGCAGGCUACCAGUGCUGCCACUGUGUCGCCCCGAGGCGACGAGCCGGUCACGCCCACGCCCAGCGCCCACGGAGGCGUCAGCUCGUGGUACGCUGAGUCUGGCCUCUACCAGACCAGCGGCGUGUCCGUGGCCAGCUCCAGCGGCAGCUCGGGCGUCUCCACGGGCAACGAGGCCGGUCUAGGCGAUGAGCUGCCCUCGGAGCCGCAUAGUCUGUUCUCCAACGAACCGCUCUACCAAAUGUACAGUGCCGCCAAGCUAGAGUCGAUCACCCGCGACCUGGAGGCGCACGAGAGUUCCACCGACGGCUACGAGGAGAUUGGCCAGCACGCGAAGAACAAGCCAGAGCCGAUGGCCAAGCCACGGCCCUCGGCCCUGCAGUUGGUGGAGCCCAAGAAUGGGCCAUCGCGAACCCUGUGGAGCGAGAUACCCGAAGUCAUUCAGUCCCACAUACUGCCCACCUUGACGAGUCGAGAACGAAAUCUUCAGGAGGCCAAGUUCGAGAUAAUCACAUCGGAGGCGAGCUACCUAAAGUCGCUCAACCUGCUCCGGCGCCACUUCAUGAACCACAGCGCCUUUAUGGACACCUCCGUGCUGAGUGCCAAGGACCGGAAGGCCUUGUUCUCCUACAUUGUGCCCGUGCACGAGUGCUCGGAACGUCUGCUCACGGAACUGGAAGCCUGCUGGCAGGACAACAUCAUGCUACUGGGACUUAGUAGGUGCAUCUAUGAGAUUGCCGAGCGGCACUUUCAUGUCUAUGUGGCAUUCUGUGAGCACCAGGGUCGAAUGGACCGGACGUUGCGCCGGCUGAAGGAGUCCAAGGAUUCCAUGGCCUUCCAGCAGCACUUGGAGCGACUGGAGGCCAGUCCCAACUGCUGCGGCCUGAACCUGCACUCGUUCCUGAUGUUGCCCAUGCAGCGGAUCACCCGCCUGCCCCUGCUCAUCGACGCGGUCUUCAGCAAGGAGUCGCCGCUGAAUCGCGAGGAGUACGAGAGCUGGAAGCUGACGCUUGCCCUCGUCCAGAAGCUGGUGGCCCAGUGCAACGAAGCGGCCAAUCGGCGGGAGCAGGCCUACGAGUUGGAGCGUAUUGCCAGCCAACUGGAGUUUCCUGGUCACGUGCGGGCUCUGGCCAUCGCUCCGGUCGGAGUGCCGCGGGCGGGAGCGAAACCCCGCUACCUGGUGAAGCGUGGCGAGCUGACCCACCUGGUCUGGCGGGGGGAGGACGCCAAGUUGACCUUCGGUAAGCGCCUAACGAAGGUCAGCAUCUACGCCUUCCUCUUCUCGGACCUGCUGGUGCUCUGCAAGCGGCGAGGAGAGUCCAGCUUCAGUGUUUUCGACUACUGCCCCCGGAGCAUGCUGACGCUAGCCGCCGGCGACUCACUGCCCCAGCUGCCCACCAAAGACCUCAAGGACCAGGUUGGCAAGAACCUCAUCCUGAUGACCCUGCUGGAGAACUGUGACCGCAAGACCAUCGAGCUGGUCUUGUCCUGCCCCUCGGUGUCCGACCAACAGCGAUGGCUGCAGGCCAUGCGACCGCCGGAGGCUGAGACGCCCGGCGAGAAGCUAUACGAAUCCUGGGACUGCCCACAGGUGGUGGCCAAACACAGCUACGAAUCGGACGAGCCAGACGUUCUCCAGCUGGAGCUGGGCGACGUUGUCAACGUGUCCCGCAAGCUACCCGAUGGCUGGUACCAGGGCGAAAGGAUUCGUGAUGGCGCUGUCGGGUGGUUCCCCGGAAGCUAUACCGAGGAGCUGAACUCGGCGCACGUUCGAGCUCGUAACCUGAAGCAGCGCCACCGUCUACUCACCUUCACGGCUACAUAUCUGGAGGCCCAGAAGGCCAAGUGAACUGGCCACUUCCUGACCAGUUGCAAUUCCAUUUUCAUAGUCCGAAUCAGAUUCUAAGUGAACUACCAUAAUAGCCCUUUAGUUUUAGAGUUAAGGAAAUGUGAUAAUUGUUUAAAUAUCGAUGUAUAUGUUAACGAAAUCGGGAAUCCUACAAAAUAUAUCUUCCCCUUUAAAUAGUCAA